AUGAAAUUAAUACCAUCAUUUCGAUUACGUUCAUUGGGUCUUGGUCAUUGUACGUUUUCAUGUGACAGUUUAAGUUGUGUAAGUAGUAAUGUACAGUCUAAAACGAAACAUCGUGAUGUUAAUAAUAAUAAAAAUAAUAAUAAUAAUAAUAAUAAUAAUAAUAAUAAUAACAAUGAUAUAUCAACAUCGAUGGCAGAUGAACAGAAUCAUGUACUGGAAUUUUAUGUAUUUAAUGUUAGUCAUGAACGUAAUCUUAAUUUAACAAUUGAUUCAAAUGAUAAACGUUUAAUUAUUUUUUACAAUAUUUCUAAUGGUUUAUAUACAAUUGGAAUUAGAAAUGGUAUGUUAGAUUUAUGUUGUUUUUUUUCUUAUAUUAGUACUAAGAUAACAUAUCAGAAAUGUUGCUUCAUUAUGCUUUUGGCCUAUUUGUUUAAAUAUGUUUUUGUCAUUGAAGCAAAUAGAAUGAUGUGA